GUAAGUUGACAGCGGACAUUUCUACUGGUUCACAUAACCUCAUUCAAGACAAUUUCGCGGUAUUUUUGGUGGAGGAGAUCGAUGUGAAUAUUAUCAAAGAAAAAUAGCAAUAAAUUCUCGUGGAUUUCGUUCGAUUAUUUUUUUGUUCCAUUGUUGAGUAGAAAUAUUAAGACAUGGCAGAUGAUCAAGUGAAUCCUCUGGAGGUAUACCAGAAGGAUAGCAGAAUCGCGUGUCAGUAUGGAGCCAAAUGUUAUCAGAAGAAUCCUGUGCAUCAUCAGAAAUAUAAACAUCCACCAGUGAAGACUCAGAAGCCCUCGACUAAAAAAACAGUAUCAAAACCCCAAAAACGUAAGAUUAAUGCGAAAACCGCUCUCCCCAAAGCCAAAAUACGAAAAGACACCUCUGAGAAUCAACAUAGAACGUCACCAACUCCUUCCUUGUCCUCAGGCGACGAUGAUAAUCCUGCGGACUCAGAAAAGAAAGAAUCUUCAUCAUCAAAAGACGAGGAAUCAGAAGAUGAAAAGGAGAAACCCUCUAGCAUCUAUGAAUCCCCUGAAAAAACUACUUCAGAGUCUACCACGAGCCCAGCGGAUGAUGAUAAGUCGAGAAAAUUUUCUGAUACUCCUUCAUCAUCUCAAAGAACAAAAGAAAAAGUUAUAGAAGUGAAAAAAUACAAAGACUCUGUCCCCCAGGAACAGAAGCAGUUAAUUAAACAGAUUUUUCUCCUCGAAAUGCCAGAGGAUUUUUAUCAGUUCUACGAAUUUUGUUGCUCAUUGUCUUCUGGUGCUCCAGGAUCAGCUCUGAGGGCUGUUGGACUGGAACUCGUCGGUCCUUUUGAUGUUUUGUUUGGAAAAAUUAAGAAAUUCUCUUCGGAAGACCAAGAGAAGUAUCUGAGGCACUGGAGAUAUUUCUAUGAUCCACCUGAAUUUCAGACAAUUUUGAAAAGUAAUAAUAAAGAAGGGCUGCAUUUUGGCUACUGGAGAGAUGAAGACGAUAAAUUACCAGUUUUCGUGGCUAGAAAUUCAGCAAUGACAGACUGUAAAAUUCUACCUGUCGCUGAAACUAUUUUCGGUGCUGUUUCUGCUUUCGCUGAAGAACGUCUGAAAAAAGCGUCUCCCUUUGAGAAAUCCAGCAUCUCCCUUGUUUCUCGAAAGGUCAAGCAAUUCGCCAAGAGCAAUAACAUCAGCUUGGAACUGGAUUCUUUGAGCAUGAGGUCCAGAAAUAGAAAAUCUGUUACGAAGACGUUUCAUGGAGCUGGAAUUGUUGUACCUUAUGACAAGAAAACUCAAGUGGGCUACAGAACUCUGGCAGCUACUGACAGUCAAUUCAAAAAGAUUUUAGAGAAACUGGAAGAGGGGGAUGAUGAUGCAAAGAAAGAAUACAUGUCAAAAAUCGAGGAAAUGGUGAGACUGGCAACGAUAGCAGCAGACGAAUGUGACUUUGGCACUCCCCUGGAACUCGCUCACGAUUUAUUCAGCAGUGGUCUCUCAUCUGUAGAGAAGAGAGCCCUGCAAAUGUUUACAAUGUCCUACAACCUUCUACAACGCCCUGUCUUCUCCAAGAUUGCUGCUGCUCACCUCAAGGAUCGUAAAAAAGACUGCAAUUUGAGUGUCCUCUGAUGAAAAAAAACUAAUUUCACUAUCGUUAUUUGAAUUUUCACUGGCGAAUAGCGGUAUUUUUGUAUCUAUUGUCUAUUGAUUGUACUUAAUUGAAUAAAAAAUGGAAUCAUCAUUUAAA